GCGGAUUCAAAACUUAACCGACAUUUGAUCUGUCAACGUGCCACAGGAGCAGCAGCCGAUUUAGUCCGCGGUACCUCCGAACACUCGAGUUGCACCGCGUAUCCUGUCCUUGCAUCGUAGAGUCGAUCCUUUGAAAGUUGCUUCGCGGUCUCUGUGCUUUUCGGUCUGUGAGUUUUUCCAGCGGCUUUUGGAUUUCGCUCAGCAACAAGAGCAACAGCAGCAGUAGCAGCAGCCAGACGUGCCCCAUUCCGUGCCACGCCCACAGCAUCACAAUGAACUCCCUUCACGCCCACAUCCUGCUGCUGGCAGUUUGCUGCGUCGGCUACAUCGCCAGCUCCCCGGUAAUUGGCCAGGAUCAGCGCAGCGGCGACAGCGAUGCCGAUGUCCUGCUGGCCGCCGAUGAGUUGGCCGACGGCGGCGACAACAUCGACAAGCGGGUGGAGCGGUACGCCUUCGGUCUGGGACGACGGGCCUAUAUGUACACGAACGGCGGACCGGGAAUGAAGCGCCUGCCGGUCUAUAACUUUGGUCUGGGCAAGAGGUCGCGUCCCUACUCCUUUGGACUGGGCAAACGCAGUGACUACGACUACGAGCAGGACAACGAGAUCGACUACAGAGUGCCGCCAGCGAACUACUUGGCAGCCGAGCGUGCUGUGCGUCCUGGCCGACAGAACAAGCGAACGACGCGUCCGCAACCCUUCAACUUUGGCCUGGGCCGACGUUAAGUCCAAUCCUGCUGGCCCAAUUUCUCCCCGGAUGGCGCACUUAUCCCAAUCCAGCCGUGCGCCAUUUGGCCAGGAGCUCAUCCUAAACUAAAGUUAUCUAAAACGCACUUGAAAAAAGCUCUCAGACUCUUCUCCAAACUUAGGUCACACAUUCAGGAGGCAAUCUAAAUGUCUUCGUAUCCAAGCCAACUCUUUGCACGCCCCUCGUCCCACACAUAUUUAUUAUAUAUGAAAUCGGUAGAGCCAAUGGUAUUUAUAUUAAGUUCUUCAAAUCGAUGCGUUUAACGGCAGCCUCUAAAUAUAAUAUGACAAAUGGCGAAAAAAAUACACAAAAAAAAAAGAGAUGAACAAAAUGCAAAUAAAGGGAAAACAGAUUGAGAAUGAAACUGGCGUGUGCAAUUAUCAAGGAAGAAAUACA